CCUCAGGCAGCUGUCGCUGUCACUGACAUUUCGUUUGCUUCGUGUAAAUCUUGUGAUGUACAAGUUUCAAGUCCGUCUAUUUAUCAAUGAAUAAUGGUGUACAUUAAUAGAUAAUGGUUAUUUUUAUUGGAUAUUUUACUACAAACUAAUAAACCUCUUUAGAAGUUUGUUUAAUAGUGGUUGUUUUCUAUAAUGGAGGAUCUCAAUUUGACAGAAACCGAAAUGAGAUAUUUCGGUGAUUUGUUUUUGUGUUGUGACGAAGAUUCCAACGGGAAAAUACCGAUUUUAAAAGCAACAGAGUUAUUUAGAUCGUCUAAUGUACCUAAUGAGAUCCUUAAACAGAUCAUGGACAUAAGUGUAGCACCUAACAAUUGUGCGUCAUUGAAUCAUAUGAAUAGGAAACAGUUUUAUUCGGCCCUAAAAUUAAUAGCAGCUCAUCAAACAAAUGUGUCUCUAAAGCCUGAAUUAUUGUCUACUCCUCUUGAUCUUCCAUUACCAAGGUUUACAUGGGCACUUAAUUCUGAAGCAAGUGCUGACCUAAUACAGUUAUCAAGUUCACCUAAAGAGCAACAUAUUGUUAAACGAGAGAGAAAUUUUGUUGGUAAUAUUGGUGCCUAUGAACCUAUACAUGUUUCAUCAAAUCUGUCUGAUAGUGAUGUAUCCCAAGUUUUAUCUCUCGGUGCCACAGAAGCAUUGAGCACAGACUCAGAAAUGGAGUCAGAAACAAUGUCACAAAGAUCAGGAACUCAUGGGCGAAGAGGAAAGGAUGGAUCACCAUGGAGUACUGCAAGUGAGAGUCCAACACCUACAAACAGUGUGGCCGAGCAGGUCCAUCCAGUGUGGGAGAACAGUGUGACAGGCCGCGGUGUGUGGCCAGCGAACACGGGGGAGGAACACGCGCAGCUAUUAGGUACAGAAGAAGAAUCUUCCGACCGACAUUCGUCUGAAGAGGAGGGUGACGGGGAGCCGGCAGAGGACAUAUGGCCGAUCAGUGAAGCACAGGCAAACCACUACGCUGCUCAGUUCGCACAAUUGCGGCCUGAGUGCGGCCUGCUCUCUGGUCAUACUGCAAAAUUAUUUUUUGAGAAGUCACGAUUAUCAGUCCCCGAUUUACGGAAAAUUUGGCAGCUGUCUGACAUUACUAAAGAUGGUAAACUUACGUUGGAAGAGUUUAGCAUAGCAAUGCACCUGAUUGUACUCAGGCGGAACAACAUUCCCGUGCCCGAUGUCCUGCCCGCCUGUCUCGUCCCGAAAGUCGACUCACGCUUCUCCCAGCAGGCCGUCACGACAGACCUGGUCGACUUAGGCUCUGAUAUGUUCAGUUCUGGCUCGUCGGCUGAUUUUAGUUUCGUUCAUAAACCAGAGACGAACGAUCCCUACGAAAGUAAACCUGUCAAGAAGCCAGAAGAUCGCCAACCAUCACUAUCACCUAGCAAACCCGAACCACAACUCAAUAACAAGGAGUGGACUAAAUUCGUCGACUCGCCCACGUCGAGUGUAUCCAGCCCCGGUCCCAAACCGGUUAAUUUCGAUUUCCACAAGUCCGCCGUUGAGAGAGAUCCGAAAAUUUUCCACCCCGUUGCACUGAGGGUGACGCCCGACGCGAACACCCUGCCUCAUGACGGGGAUAUGCGUUCCAGCACUUCGCCGCGGCGGGACGAUUUCGCACACGCUUUCGAGCUCGCCAGCCCGAAGCGUCUGAACUCGCAGCCGCCGACCGAGCCGCCACCGAACGGCAACAGUGCAGAGAUCAAAUCUAUUCAACGGCCGCAGCCAAAGAAACCUCUGAAGAACGCCGGCGUGCUACCACCGCCACCGGCGCGCGAGUCGUCAGUGCACGCCGACGACGGGCCACAGUCGCUACAGUAUGCGCCGAAGAAGGAGCCCCCGCCGCCCCCUCCGCCGCGGCCGCUGCGCAACCACACGCGCUCCAGCUCCCUUGAUCUGAACAGAUUCAAAGGCGCGCCCGCGCCACCUCCUCAGCCACCGCCACGAAUGUCCCCUUCGGCGACUUCGCCGCCGGCUCGGCGCGCGCUCGUCAACCAGCGUAGCGAGGGCGAGCCGGCAUUCGCGGCUGAUGCGUUCAUACCCCGCGAGUACGAAGGCGAGGGCUUCGGUUACAACCGAGAGGACGCGCCCAAGAUGCACGGCGCGUUUGAGGUGUACCGCAAGUCGCGGGAGUCAUCGAGCGAGGCGGAUCCGGACGCGAAGGCGCUGCAGGAGCAGAAUGCGGUGCUGCACCGCGUGUGCCGGGCCUUGUGCGCCGAGUUGGCCGACGUGCAGCGCGAGCGGGAGGUGCUGCGGCAUCGCCUCGACGCGCGCUCCACGCCCCUCUAGUCAUCUUCGCGGCUUCCCCGCCCCGCAUGGCCGCAAACUUCUACCCGAGCUGGACCCCGGUAACCCAAUGACCGCUGCGAUCACAUGUACUUUUUGAUUCUCACUUUUUGUGGCCGUUGUAGUAACUCGAUUUGUGUAAUCUCAUGGUGAAAAUUAAUCAUUUUUUUAAUCUAUAUCGCUCGAUACAUCCCAGCAAUAGAAGUAGAUUUAAUGUCAUUGACGUAGUAUGUAUCAAUUAAACAAGAAAGAAGAUGAAAUCACGUCAAGUUUAUGUUUACUGUGAUAAAAUCUAUAUCAAAACAAAUAUCCAAAAUAUGUUUUGGCGAACAUAGACAUAGUUAUGGACUAUACAGUGUUAGGCUACGCCUAUAUUUCAGUAAAA